GGUAUUUUUCUUGGUGUUUGAGCUAAUGAGGUGAUUGCGCUUAGUACAUUCCUUAGAGCUACUCAUAUUAACUUACACUUGUAAUGAGAUAUUAUGAUCACCAGCCUUGGCUUGUGUCUGGGUUUUCUGAAAUGUAAUGUAAUUUGAUAAUCUAAGCUCAUACAUUGUUGCGUAAAUGCCCCACUUGGCGUCACUGUUGACCGUGGCAAUGAGAUAUUGUUUUUGGUGUCUCGAGGCCCCUCCCAGUUUCAGAGGGUGAGAACAUUUCUCGGGGCUUUGUUACAAAGAGACGCAGGGUGAGUGAGAGAAAGAGACAGAGACUGGUCGGAGGCAACAUCAAUGUUUACCGUGUAAAAAAUCUGGAUUGGAAACAUAUUUCUCGAAGCUUUGAUUGUUUGACAAAUAUUCGUAUCUUUGGAUCUAUGCUUGGCUCACCUUCGAUGGAAAUAUGUCUGUACCGAAUAGAAGGAGAUCUUUUGUGACGUAUUUAGUGCUUGUGCUGCUGGAGUGUUACUGGGAAGCGGUGUCCGGGCAGCUCUCCUACUCCGUCUCAGAGGAGGUAAACCCGGGGACUUCCGUGGGAAAUAUCGCUAAGGAUCUAAACCUCAAUGUCCAGGAUUUGGAGUCGCGUAUGUUUCAGAUUAUCACCGGGUCCAAGAGAAAGUAUUUCGAGGUAAAUCUAAAGACUGGUGUUCUCUAUGUGAAUGAGAGAAUCGACAGGGAGGAGCUCUGUGCAAAUGCUCCUAAAUGUACAGUCAGUGUAGAGGCCGUUAUCAACAAUCCGUUGAAACUCUACCGUGUAGAAAUGAAUAUUUUAGAUGUUAAUGAUAAUGCUCCAUCUUUCCGAGCGAAAUCACAAACUAUAGACAUUGCUGAAAACACUUUUCCAGGGGUACGAUUUCCGUUGUUAGACGCAUCUGAUGUAGAUGUUGGAAAGAAUGCUCUCAAUACAUACAAACUGGGUCCUAGCCAGCAUUUUUCCUUAGCGGUGCACAAAGGGGGUGAGAGUGUGUCUGCUGAGUUAGUAUUGCAGAAAGCUUUAGAUCGAGAGAAACAGCCUUUGAUCCAGCUCACACUGACCGCUGUAGAUGGAGGAAAUCCAGCAAGGUCAGGUACAUUGGAAGUAAUAGUUCAUGUUCUGGAUAUAAAUGAUAACGCUCCAGUUUUCACCACGUCUUUGUACAAGACACGUAUGAUUGAAAAUGCACCAAUAGGAACGACUGUCAUAACUUUAAAUGCGACAGACUUUGAUGAGGGUACGAAUAGUCACCUUGUUUAUUCUAUCAGCAAAAAUGAGAAGGAUCAUAUCCUCCAGAUGUUCGAUAUUGAGCCAAAAACGGGGAUAAUUACAGUUAAAGGUAAAAUUGACUAUGAAGAACAUACUGCAUUUGAGAUCCGUGCCCAGGCGAGUGACAGAGGGCAGCCCCCGAUGGCAUCUCAUUGUAAAAUAUUGGUAGAAGUGGUGGACCUCAACGACAAUGCCCCUGAGAUCACUGUGACGUCACUCUUAGACACAGUGAAAGAGGACGCUAAGGUUGGCACUGCAAUUGCACUCGUGUCAGUCCUCGAUAAAGAUGGUGGCAAAAAUGGGUUGGUACAUUGCGAGGUUAAGAAUAAAGUCCCCUUUAAAUUAGAGAUGAACUAUAAAAAUUAUUACUCUUUAGUGGUCGAUGGGCAUCUUGACAGAGAGAGGGCUUCUCAGUACAAUGUCAACAUCAUAGCUACGGAUGAUGGGACCCCGCCUCUCUUCAGCACCAGCGUUAUUACUGUCCACGUUUCUGAUGUGAAUGACAACGCUCCUCGCUUCUCAGAACCAGUGAUUAAUGUUUAUGUGAAAGAGAACAGUCCGAUAGGAGAUGUAAUUAAAACCGUGUCUGCAGUUGAUGCUGACGUCAAUGAAAAUAGUCAUGUGACCUACUCAUUCUUAGAGAGUAAAAACAACUCAGUACCGCUGUCUACAAUGGUCAAUAUAAACUCAGUCACUGGAGAUAUAGUCAGCCUGCAGUCUUUUAACUAUGAGGAGAUAAAAACUUUCCAGUUUAAAGUUCAGGCCACAGACUCUGGUGUUCCUCUUCUCAGCAGCAACGUGACUGUGAACGUUUUUAUUCUGGAUGAGAAUGACAACAGUCCUGGGAUUCUCGCGCCCUAUUCUGAGCACGGCUCCGUUAACUCUGAGAACAUUCCCUAUUCUGCUGAAGCGGGCUACUUUGUGGCCAAGAUCAGGGCUGUAGACUCCGACUCUGGUUACAAUGCGCUGCUUUCUUAUCACAUCUCUGAGCCCAAGGGAACCAACCUCUUCCGAAUCGGAACCAGCACCGGGGAACUAAGGACCAAGAGGAGAAUGAGUGACAAUGACUUGAAAACACACCCGUUGGUCGUGUUGAUUUCUGAUAACGGAGAACCCUCACUGUCAGCGACUGUGUCUAUUGAUGUAGUGGUGGUUGAAAGUACAGGUGAAAUCCAGACUCAAUACAGAACCGUACCAAGAAAGGAGGAGAGCUUCUCUGAUUUAAACUUGUAUUUGCUGAUCGCCAUUGCCUCAGUGUCAGUGAUAUUUUUAUUGAGCCUGAUCAGUUUAAUAGCUGUAAAAUGCUUCAGGACAGACGACAGUUUCAAAAGGUACAGCGCCCCAAUGAUCACCACACACCCUGACGGGAGCUGGUCUUACUCUAAAUCUACUCAGCAGUAUGACGUGUGUUUCAACUCAGACACACUGAAGAGUGACGUAGUGGUUUUCCCCGCACCGUAUCCACCUGCAGAUGCAGAACUGAUCAGUAUUAAUGGAAAUGACACGUUUGACAGGACUCAGACAUUACCCAACAAAGAGAAGGUAAGAAAUAAAUGUUUUAUUUCUCACAGAAAUCCGUUUCCAUCCAUCCCUUUGCCAAAAAUGUGUAUGCUUUGGCGUGCUUCCCAUUGUCUAUCUAUGACAGCGUUUUUGAAUAAUCAGUUAAAUAAUUGGGAUCUUACUGCUUCAACAAGUUGCAAAAAUGUUCACUAUCCGCUCCCUAUCUAGAGGAUCAUGUGUCCGCUGUCCAUGGUGCUGAAACCCACCCGUUUUUGUCCUGUCCUCUUUUGCCAGGUUUCUUAGCCAAAGGAGGUUUUUGCUUGCUUUUGUAUGUUUAGCAGACCUUGCUAUAGUAAACUAAACUUACACAAGAGCACAGAUAUACACUGAACAAAAAUAUAAACGCAACAGGUAAAGUGUUGGUCUCAUGUUUCAUGAGCUGAAACAAAAGAUCCCAGUAAUGUUCCAUAUGCACAAAAAGCUUAUUUCUCAAAAAUGUUGUGCACAAAUUUGUUUACGUCCUUGUUAGUAAGCAUUUCUCCAUUGUCAAGAUAAUCGAUCCACCUGACACUUGUGGCAUUACAAGAAGCUGAUUAAACGGCAUUAUCAUUACAUAGGUGCACCUUGUGCUGGGGACAACAAAAGGCCACUUUAAAAUGUGCAAUUUUGUCACACAGCACGAUGCCACAUACAUCUUAAGUUGUGAGGGAACUUGCAAUUGGCAUGCUGACUACAGGAAUGUCCACCACAUCUGUCUUCAGAGAAUUAAAUGUUAAUUUCUCUACCAUAAGCUGCCUUCAAUGUCAUUUUAGAGAAUUUGGCAGUAGGUCCAACCGGCCUCACAAACAUAUAACCGCAUGUAUCCACGGCCUCACAGGACCUCCACUUCUGGC